UCUUCGUUGUGUCUCAUAAAUAAAAGACAGUGUUUGUUUGUCAAGACGUCAAUGAUGCACUUUUUUCAGUCUUCUAUGCCGACUUGUAUCAGAUUCUAUUUUCCAAAUCCAUCAUUGAAACAUCCUUGGUGAAGAUCCAGAUCCAGUAUAUCCUCCAUAAUGAGCUUUCCAACUUUACAGCAGUCUUCCCAGUUUUUCUGCAUGUCUUCCUCUAUCAAAAUCCCUUGUUGCAUGUUUUUACUGCUUGCCUGUUUCCAAGCUUUGCCUGUCUCAACAACCAUUUUGCAUUAAGCAAAUCCACUUUGUGUACAAGUAACACUUUGUGAUCAAACUCAUAUGUUUUCUUAGACCAGCAGUCUUCUGAUUAACGCUGGAGGAUGAUCGAUAGAAAAAAUAGUAGGGACAGACUCUUUAUUCAAAUUUGUGUACCUGCACUUUACCUCAGUGGGAAAAGGGGGGAACGACAAGAGAGAGAGACGAGGAGGAGGUCCACACUCUGCUCUGCUUGAGGAAUCGUCCCACUCAGACAUCUCUCUGCUCACGCUCUACUUUCUGAUAACCAAGGCCUGAAAGAAUAGAUUAAACAGGAAGAAAGAAAAGGUAGAGAUCGGAGGCUAAAGUGAUUUAAACAUCAAACCUUGAAGAUAUCGUGUGUGAAUCUUAUUUUUUCCCCUUUCACUGUCAUCAAAAGGCAACAACCUGUCACUCAAACAUCCUUUCCACAAAUGGAGAGCCUUCUCAACAACAUCAGUUCUACCGCCGAGCCCCUCUUGCCCCUCUUCACCCCUGCCCCGACAAACUGCAGCUCCUGGGACCAGCGCUGGGGGGGGCCGUACUUGCAUAGGUUAGCUCACCUAGAUGUCCGGUUGUACCAAGACUUCUAUGCUGUUUGGGUGUCUCUCAUGGUGUGUAACUGUCUCAUGCUGGUGGUCGGUGUGGUCCUCAACAGUUUGGCCCUCUAUGUCUUCUGCGGGGCCUCCACCCACUCUUCAGCCUCUGUGGUUUACACCAUGAACCUGGCCGUAGCCGACCUGCUGGUGGCGCUGUCGUUACCCGCUCGCAUCGCUCUGUAUCACAGCGGAGGCACCUGCGUGGCCUGCUCAUACGUUCACACCUUCAGCUACUUUGUCAACAUGUACUGUAGCAUAUUGUUUCUGACCAGUAUCUGUGUAGAUCGCUACCUCGCUGUCGUCCAUGCGUCCAGUACUCUGCACAAAUGCAGGACUACAGGAACAGCCAGGUGUGUCAGCGCCACAGUAUGGAUCAUUGCAGUGGUGGUCACCUACUCCUUUCAGACCACAGCGUUGGAGUUUAACUCCUCCUGUGUGCUCCUUCCUGCCCUUUUCUACCUCACCAUCCUGGAGUUCCUCCUACCCCUGCUGGCCGUGGUGGGGUUCACUCUGCGGGUCGCCUGUUUCCUCUCCACCAGCCACGGCCCGAUGCCCCAGCAGAGCCGGGCGAGGAGGGCACGCGCUGUCAGACUGCUGGCCACCGUCCUAGUGGUCUUCACCAUCUGCUUCACGCCCUUCCACGUCCGGCAGGUGUUGGUUUACUUCCAGGUGAAACUCAGAGGGGAGGCGAUGGGGCAGGGGGCGGGGCAUGUACUUGCCUACCACAUCACAGUCACUCUGAGCAGUUUGAACAGCUGCCUGGAUCCAGUGGUUUACUGCUUUGUGACGGACAGCUUCAAGAGAGUGUGGAGGUCGAGGAUGAGGGGGGAGAGGGGGUGGGAGGUGGGACACACGAGUGCAGGGGAAGGAGAGAGGCAUUCAGUCAACGGUACAGCUCUGGCGAUAGCUCACAGUGUGGCCACACUCACCCUGACAAGUUCUCCCCUCUCUGCAGCCCAUAUGGAACAGUCCGCUUAAGACAAAUAAAGGUGACUGACCUGGACACCUGUGGAUGGAUCAGUUCAGAAAAGAAGCCAUCAAAGACCGAUUGAUGUACAAAUCAUUUAGGAUAAAUUCACUGUAAAUAAGAUGCACAAUGUAAACAGAAUACUGCAAUGUUCUCAGUUCAUUUCCACCAAAGGACAUUGGUUUCAUGUCAUAUUCAACCCCUAAUGAUUCCUUCCUGUAUCCUCACCACAAUGAUCUAAUAAAAGUGAAAACACUU